UUUUUCUAUUUUGAGAGAGAGAGAGAGAGAGAGAGAUGGCUUCAAUCACAGCUUCUGAUAAACCUCAUGCUGUGUGUGAGAGAGAGAGAGAGAUGGCUUCAAUCACAGCUUCUGAUAAACCUCAUGCUGUGUGCAUCCCAUACCCAUCUCAAGGCCAUGUAAACCCACUGCUGCAGAUGGCAAAACUGCUUCACAACAGAGGUUUUUUCAUCACUUUUGUCAACACUGAGCACAACCACAAGCGUUUGCUCAGGUCUAAAGGCCCCAACUAUCUUGAUGGCUUCCCUGAUUUUCGCUUUGAGACUAUCCCAGAUGGCCUCCCACCAAGCGAUGCUGAUGUCACCCAACCCACCGCUUCUGUCUGUGAAUCCACCUCCAAGAACAGCUUGGCGCCCUUUUGCAACCUCAUCUCUAAACUCAAUGAUCCUUCCUCCUCUGCUGGCCCGCCUGUGACCUGUAUUGUGUCUGAUGGUGUCAUGUCCUUCACUCUUGAUGCUGCUGAGAAGUUUGGAGUGCCUGAAGUGCUGUUUUGGACGACAAGCGCAUGUGGGUUUCUGGGGUAUAGGCACUACAGAGACCUCCUUCAAAGAGGUCUUAUACCACUCAAAGAUGAAAGCUGUCUGACCAAUGGGUACUUAGAUACCAUUGUUGAUUCCAUUCCUGGAAUGAUGAAAACCAUCCGUCUGAGGGAUUUUCCAGCUUUCUUCAAAACUACAGACCCCAACGAUAUCAUGCUCAACUUCUUGAUCGCGGAGGCAGAGAGAGCUAAUAAAGCUUCUGCUAUCAUUUUGAACACUUUCGAUGCAUUGGAAAAAGAUGUUUUGGAUGCUCUCAGAGCCACCCUUCCGCCAGUUUACACCAUCGGCCCUCUUCAGCAUUUGGUUCAUCAGAUUUCCGACGAUAAGUUGAAAUUUUUUGGCUCAAGUUUGUGGAAAGAACAACCGGAAUGUCUCCAAUGGCUCGAUUCCAAAGAACCCAACUCAGUAGUGUACGUGAAUUUUGGGAGCGUGAUUGUGAUGACACCCCAACAGCUCAGAGAGUUAGCUUGGGGACUAGCUAAUAGCAACAAGCCUUUUCUAUGGAUCAUAAGGCCUGAUCUGGUGCCAGAGGACUCAGCGCCUUUGCCACCAGAGUUUGUAACUGAAACAAGAGAUAGAGGCCUGUUAGCAAGCUGGUGUCCGCAAGAACAAGUCCUGAAGCACCCGGCGGUAGGAGGGUUUGUAACACAUAGCGGUUGGAACUCCACAAGCGAAGGCAUAUGUGGAGGAGUGCCGCUGAUUUGCAUGCCAUUCAGGGCCGAGCAACCGACCAAUUGUCGGUAUAGUUGCAGUGAAUGGGGCAUAGGGAUGGAGGUUGAUGGUGAUGUGAAGAGAGAGGACGUGGAAAAGCUUGUGAGAGAGCUGAUGGAUGAAGAGAAGGGUAAGAAGAUGAAGAAGGCGGCAAUGGAAUGGAAGAAGUUAGCAGAAGAGGCAAUUAUACCUGGUGGGUCUUCUUACAACAACUUCAACAAACUGUUGAGUGAUGUGCUGUUGUCAAAGAAGUAGACUGAUUAAUACACUAGAGCUUGUUUUUUUAAUGCAUGUAUUCAACUCUUUUAAGUACCAAACCAUGCAUAUGAGAUUUAAUGUGUGCAUUCAGCUUUUGUUGGAAAGCAUUCAUGUAGAUUGUAUCAAUUUUAUGAAUGAUUUGUGGGAUGUUAAUUGCAUGAUAUAUCUUAAAGUCUA